CUGCAAGAAGAUUCCCAGCUGGCUUGCUGCAAACUCCAAGGAAGGCACAACUGAAGGCACAUUUCCUGUCAUGGUGAACGAGAGGCAUAAUGGCAACCUGCUUGUGCACCUGGGACCCAAACUGCAGGCCUACCCAGAGGAGCUGCUCCGGCAGCGGCGAGGCCACGAUGGCCAGCCUGAGUACCUGAUCCAGUGGAGUAUCAUCAGCUUGGAAGAGAGAGCAGUGGGAGGCAGCAGUGCCUCCUCUGCAGAGACCAAGCCGGAGAACAUCUCGAUGUGGAUGUCUGCAGAAGAGGUCUGUGCCAGCUGCCCGGCGCUGCUGGGCAAGAGGAAGCUGGAAGGGCAGUGGGUGAAAGAGGAGAAGGCAGCCAGCCCGUUCGCUGCAGCUGUCCCGCUGGAUGAAGCCUCGCUGCUGGAGAUGAAGGCUGAUGUCAGGAGCCUGGUGCAGCGAGCUGGCCGGCAGAUGGCUGAACCCGGGGCCCCCGAGUCCUCCAUUCUCAACACCAUCCAUGUGCUGAGCGCGUACGCCAGCAUUGGCUCGCUGGCGGGUGCCUUCAAGGAGACGGGAGCCCUUGACUUGCUGAUGAAGAUGCUGUGCCACAAGGAGAAGCAAAUCCGCCGCAGUGCUGGCAAGAUGCUGAGGGCCCUGGCUUCACAUGAUGCAGGGAGUCGGGCCUAUGUCCUGCUGUCCCUGAGCCAGCAGGAUGGCAUUGAGCAGCAUGUAGACUUUGACGGUCGCUACACCUUGCUGGAGCUGUUUGCCGAGAUGAUGUCUUCUGAAGAGCACUGCAUGUCCUUUGAGGGGAUUCACCUUCCCCAGAUCCCUGGGAAGCUGCUGUUCGUCCUGGUGAAGCGCUACCUGUGUGUCACUUCUCUCAUGGACAAGCUCAGCAGUGGUGCGGAGCAGGGAGGGGAGCAGCAAGAGUGCGCUGUGCCCAGCCUGCUCGCUGAGGAGAGGAGCCGCAUGAAGCAGGAGUUUGAGUUCAGCAUGGCUAUGGCAAACCUCAUCUUGGAGCUGGUGCACGUGAUGGGCUGGGACCACAGCCACAAGCCAGAGCUGCUGCCCCAACAGGAACUGCAGCCUCGCACCACCCACUCCAUCUUCCAGCCCAAGACCCCAGCCUGCACUGCUGCCCAAAUGCCUGUGCUUACUUCAAAUCAUGGUCCCCACAAAAAGCAAGGUCGUGCCUUCCUGACCCCAUCAGACUUUGCAGACCGCAGUGGCUAUGUGGAGUACUUACAGGCAAACCUGGUGCGCGGCAUGAGGGUGCGCUUGCUGGAGGACUGUGGUGAUGUUAGAGCUGGGGAGGAAGGCGAGUUUCUUCAGAGCACUAAUAGCACGCACACAGUGCAGGUAGGUUACUAGUGGAAGUAGUCUGGCUGGGAUGGCAGAGGGGAGUGACAGGGGUGACUGAUGAUUUCCUGAUGGUGUCUUCAUGUGCAGGAAGUUGGACAAUAGGCGUUAUCAUAAUUAGGACACUGUCUACAUCUGUCCUAGCAAAGAAGUCACCUUUCAGAGCUGGAAGUGCAGGUCCUGAGGAAAGCUUCAACUUUCAUCAACAUCUUCAACUAGAUCAGGUCGCUCAGGGCCCCGUCCAACCUGACCUUGA